GGAGGAGGCGCGAGAUAUCCGUAUCCCAAGCAAGUCUGGUCACCAGCUGGUGGCUGGUGGACUCGCCCCUCGAACUGGAAGUCCAACACCGCCGUUUCUUUCGCCGGUAUCCUCGCGGUCGUCUACGCCGGCUGGAGUUAUACCGCAGAGAAGGAGGUCAGGUAUAUCGAGCCUGUACGGCCCAUACCCUCGAUGCUGUGGGCGAAGCAGUAUCGGGACCAGCGGAAAGCCGAGUAG